AUGGCGGCUUUAAUACGGUUUUUUAGCAAACGUCGUACACGGAGGGGGGAGCUGAAGCAUGAUAAAGAAGACGGUAGAGGGACAAUAAACUACAGUAAACAGGGCUCCGUGAAGAAGAAAAAUUUGCUAACAUGCACGAUAAUGUUGCUGGAUGGAACCGAUAUAACUGUAGAUAUUAAUAAAAAGGCAGAUGGUAAUACUCUAAUUGAACAGGUGUUUUAUCAUCUGGACAUAAUUGAAAAGGAUUACUUUGGAUUACAGUAUACAGAUCACUAUAAUGUAACUCAUUGGCUUGAUCCAUCAAAACAAGUGAGGAAACAAGUCAAAAUUGGCCCACCAUACACAUUUCGCUUUCGAGUAAAGUUUUACUCUUCUGAACCCAACAACCUGCAUGAGGAAUUGACACGGUAUCAGUUUUUCCUGCAACUGAAGCAGGAUAUCUACACUGGCAGAUUGCCCUGUCCUUACGAAACUCUUAUAGAACUAUGUGCUCUAGCUUUACAAUCUGAACUUGGUGACUAUGACCCCGAAGUCCAUACCCCAGGCACAGUUUCUGAGUUCAGAUUUGUACCCAACCAGACAGAGGAUAUGGAGAUUGAUAUAUUUGAAAAAUACAAGGAUUGUGGGGGUCAGACUCCAGCACAUGCAGAACUGCAGUUCUUACACAAAGCCAAGUGGCUGGAGAUGUACGGAGUGGAUAUGCAUACAGUUAUG